GUUGUUCCUAAGUAUAUAUCUGAAUAACCUCUUUUAUUCCUUUUGAACGUAGCUUUGCCACGUGUAUGUAUCGUUCUUAGAUUUUAAAAUAAAGAUAAAAAUCGUAUUUCAUCAAAUAUUUAGUUAUUAUUUUUUUAUGUACUUAUAAUCAAAAUGCCUCCUAAAUUUGAUCCUAAUGAAAUUAAGAAAGUUUAUUUGCGAUGCGUUGGAGGUGAAGUAGGAGCAACUUCAUCUUUAGCUCCGAAAAUUGGCCCUCUUGGUUUGUCUCCAAAAAAAGUUGGUGAUGAUAUUGCUAAAGCUACUAGUGAUUGGAAGGGUUUGAAAAUUACUGUACAAUUAACAAUUCAAAACAGACAAGCUACAAUUUCAGUAGUUCCAUCUGCUGCAUCAUUAAUUAUUAAAUCAUUGAAAGAACCUCCAAGAGAUCGCAAAAGACAGAAAAAUAUCAAGCAUAAUGGAAAUUUAUCAUUUGAUGAUAUUGUUUCUAUUGCUCGAUCAAUGAGACCAAGAUCUAUGUCAAAGUAUCUUAGUGGUACUGUUAAGGAAAUAUUAGGAACUUGUCAAUCAGUUGGAUGUACAGUUGAAGGUAGACCACCACGAGAUCUCAUUGAAGAGAUUAAUGGUGGAAAACUUCAAGUACCAGAUGAGUAAUAUGGUACAGAUCCAAACCAUCUAAUAUUACCUCUUUGAGGUGGAAAAUAAGAUUCAAGAAUUUUUGGAGUAUUCAAAAGCUCAAGUCCACCAAGUUCUUGAGGAUAUUUAAAUUUUAAAAAUACAUAAAGAUGUCCCACUAAAAUACCAAAAAGUUCCAUCAUACCACCUCCAGAUAUAAUAAGAUUAAACGCAAACAAUAC